ACUUUUUGCAGAGACUAUAUGGGUAAUACAUUUUUGAAUUAUGAGCUUUACUAGGUAUGUAGCUUCACAGUCGAAAAAAAUUAAUCUUGAGUGAAAGAACCAAGUGUAUUCUAUAAGCGCGUACAUUGAAAUGAAUUUACGACGCUAAGAAAGGAGAAAUGCGCCUGCGUGAGCUUUCUGCAAACUUUAUGAGAAAAACACACCUGUUAAAUUACCUUUCAUGUAAAUCGAUAACAAAUGUGUAGUCAUAGUCAGUUAUUAAGAAGUUAGUUAAAUUGGGUGCGUUUAGAUGUUAUGGAAAACAUUGGCACAAGUAGUCAUUAUUAUUUAACAAAAUUAUAAGAGGGAAAUAAAAAAUUAUAAGAGAAAAAGGGAGAUGAAUUUUACGAUAUCUUCAGUUUUCAUAAUCAGUAAUAUUUAGAAACUCGCAGAGAAAUGAUACCUUCGAUAACUCAGUAUUACAGUAUAAACAGAUUUCAAUUACUUCUUGUCGGUUUAUGGCCCUAUCAACAAUCCACAUUUACUCGAUUUCAAUUUAUUUUUAUCUUUUUUAUGUUGAUGACAGGUAUUAUAUUUCAGGUAAAGAAAUUAAGAAUAUUAUCGUAACAUUUUUAUUAACACAAUUGUGUAUAAAAUUGUAUAAAAUUAUUUAUUUGCAGCUGACACCGUUAAUAAUAUUAAAAUGUACUUCAAAACUUGUUGCUAAGAUAUUGUCUUCCGUAUCUUUCUACACAGUGUUCGUAAUAAAGCAUAACGCAUUCCAUCUUAAAAUUGAAGUUAUGAAAACUUUACUGAUGGAACUUCAAUACGUAUUUAAUAAGUUAAAGGAUGAACAUGAAAUCGCUAUUGUAGAGAAAUAUAGUUGUAUUGGAAAGCGUUUCACCAUAGGACUUACAGCAUUUGCAUUUUGCGGACUAGCUAUUGGCACUUUAACUCAAUUUUGGUCGGAAAUACUUACUCUUGUUGUUGUAUCGAUAAACGUGUCUCAACCAAAUAACUUACUCAUUAUGACGGAGUAUUUUAUCGAUCAAGAAAAAUAUUUUUAUCUGAUUCUAUUUCAUAUACACUCAGUGUUUUGCAUCGGAUGCUAUAUAAUGGUAGCAGUAGGUUCGAUGGGCAUUACGUAUUUUCAUCAUACUUGUGGAAUGUUCACAAUUGCGAGUUAUCGUAUCGAGCAUGCAGUAAACCUUGACAUUUUACAAAAUAUUACACUAAAAGAUAAGAUUUUAAUGACUGAAGGCAUAAUAAAUGCCAUUGACAUUCAUCGGCAAGCUAUGAAAUUGUGUAAGCAUAUGCUUUCCGCACUCGAGACAAUGUUGUUUAGUUUAAUAGUUUGUGGAGUGCUUGUCUUGAGCCUAAACCUAUUUCAAAUUGCAAUGAUUGAAAAUAGUCUUGUGGAAUUGUUUUUUCCAUCUUUUUUUGUACUUUCUAGUGUCUUAUAUAUGUUUAUGGCCAACUAUAUGGGGCAAAUUGUAACAGAUCACAAUAAUCACAUAUUUUCUACUGCAUACAAUGUACAAUGGUAUAGAGUCCCAAUACAUGUACAAAGGAUGAUACUAUUCCUAUUACAAAGAGAAACCAGAGAAUUUGCUUUAAAUGUUGGUGGGUUGUUUAAUGCAUCUAUGGAAUGUUUUGCCAUGUUGGUUAAGGCCUCAGUAUCUUACUUUACUGUUAUAUAUUCUACGCGAUGACGAAGCAAUAAGUUUAAUAAUAGCAUAGAUAGAAUAUAAUUAUUAAGGAAUUUGUAGAAUUUAUAUUUAGAAAGUAAAAGGAUUAAUUUAAAAAAAAUGUAAUUCAGCUUGAGAAAAGUUGAUAAAUAGGUACCAGUCGGCAAAUUGUAUUAGAUCAAUAUGUCUAUAUAUUAGCAUGUUUUUACUUAGUAUCAUUUAGUGACAAAAAUGUAAAAUAAAUAAUGUAUGAGUAACACAAACAAAUAUUUAAAAAAUUACACUUUAUUUUAAGCGUGCUAAUAAAGUUUUAAAAAAUCAGAGAUGCAA